AUGAGUGGUGGUGUGAGAAGUGGCGGAUGGCCUGGCUGGAUUGUUCCCGGUUGCCUGUUCUUGCCAACGGGGGUCGUGUCAUGACAACAAACAAUCAUGAUGAGAAUUUGAACCUCAAAGUUACAGAUUGUGUUGGAAGAAAAAGAAAAAAACUUUCAAAACUUGUCUACGAGUUGACAGGUCAUCAGGCUGCCAAGGAGAACAGUACCGUGCAAACGAUCAAGAGAAAAAAGGCCUCCCUUUUGGAUACAGAGGCAGCUCGCACAAUAUGCCACAGCAUUGGAAAAAGAGAUUUGAUCCCUACAGACAUAAAGACGAGAGUGAAUCAAGGAAGACUUCUAUUUCUUCUCGACAAGGCUCAGUCAGUGGAAAACUCCAACCACAUGUAUUUCGUGCAGGACGAGACAGAAAAGUCACAGAAAUUUCGAGAUCACAAGGGUAACUGGGUAACCAUCAGUGUCACGGACACAUCUCUUCUCACCGACCUGUAGGCAACCAUGUACCCA